UUCGCUCCCAGUUUCAAGGAAAGAGCUACUAGCACGAGCCACGGGAGAAGCUCUUGGUUUUUAUAAGCAGAGAUAUCAUGCAGCUUGCCCUGCUGGAUUUUAUAAGCUGUCCUCCCGACUCCCUCUCUGCUCUCCCUGCCCCGAACACAGCUUCACACAUCGAGAAGCCUCCACGUUCUGCAUGUGCCAGAAGAACUACUCCCGGUCCCCAUCAGACCCGCCAUCUGCCUCCUGCACCCGUCCCCCAUCUGCUCCAAGGAAUCUCAUCUACAGCCUGAAGCAGUCCACGCUGGUCCUUGAAUGGAGUGCACCAGCUGACCUGGGCGGCCGGACCGACGUCACCUACAACCUCCUUUGUGACCGCUGCUCGGCGGCUCUCCGGCGGCAGUGCGAGCAGUGUGGCAGCAGCGUUGGCUUUGUGCCCCAGCAGACGGGAUUGGUGGACAGGACCGUUACCCUGGUGAACUUGCUACCACAUGUUAACUACACUAUCCGUGUUGCAGCUGUCAAUGGUGUCUCUGAUUUCAAUGCCUCGUCAAAGCCACAGUACGCGGAAGUGAACAUCUCCACCAGCCUCAGAGCACCAGCUCUUAUUGCUGACAUCCGCACAGAUAAAAUUGAACAGAAGAGCAUUUCCUUGUCAUGGCAGGAGCCGGGCUUCCCUAGUGCCAGUAACACUGGGUACGAAAUCAAGUACUUUGAAAAGCCCCGAUUGGCCCGGCUGCCAGGUGGGCGGGGCGGGUUCCGGGCGCGGGCUCGGCGGCCGGGCCCGGGCAGGCGGCAGCGGCAGCCGGAGCCGCGCGGAGUCGGCGGCACCAUGGAGACGGGCGGAGGCGGCUUCCUCGUGCGGCUGCUGCUGCUGCUGCCGCUGCCCGGGGCCGCCGCCGAGGAGGGUCAUGAUGCUCCCUAUGCCUGGAAAGACCCUCGCUCCCUCUAUGCUCUUCAUCACUGA